AUGAGCUCAACGACUUCUCAAAAGCCCACCAGGUUCUGGAAUAAGGUCAAGUCGUCUACGAAGUCGUUCUCGACAUCUUUUGCGCAACUUUCUAUCAAGCAAGAACGCGAUGGUGACACCCCUACAUCUACAGUCAUACAUAAAGCAUUAGUCAAGUUCUAUACACAUAGAGAGCCGUUUGAAGGCUUCCCCGAUUGGCUGGGCCAUAAGGAAGAGCUUCCUGACGAACAAAAGGUGCUUCGCAAGCAAAAGCAGCACCGUCACGAUCCUAGAGGUACACUUCAGCAGCAAUCAGCGAAUGGAUCUUCACACACGGAAUCGGUCCCUCAAACUACUCCUUCACAGCGAAUUACUGCUGGAACGGACUUCAGAGGUAUUUACAAAGGUGUCACCAGUGCUCGGGUUUCGCAUUCGGCAUCAGCUCCGCCAUCUACUGUUGUGCAAGACGGAAGAGAUGCUCCAAUACCAGCUCCAACGCAACGAACAUCAUCGAUGUUGAUGCGGGAGAGGCUGAAACGGAAAUAG